AUGUCUGACAAAAACGUUUCUAAAGAUGUUAUUUUUGAAGAAAGUCUACCAAACUGGGCUUUGAUCGACGAAGUAUCUGUAACUUUGCUGGAAAGUGGACUUGCUCGAUUUCCUACUUUGCAAGCAUUACUGCCGUCAAUCAUAGCGUUCGACGCUAAAUCGCUUGAAGCAACGCAAAGAAGUCAGAAACUUUUGCGGAUUUCUCAGCUUCAGAUCGAGUACUUGCUGAAGUCGCAACACCAGCUUUUACAACGAAUUGCUAAACUUGAUGACGAAUUGAGAAGUAGAAGAAAGGAGGUGAAACAACUGAAAGAGAGUAUAACUCGAGAUGAUGCGUCGUUUUUCAGAGUAGUCGUGCUAAAUCUUUUCGAAACUCUGCUUGCUCUUAUGGCUCCUUCAUCCAAGACUUUUCCAACCCUACUAACCACUCCUGUAAACAGUGGUAGUGGGCGAUGUCUUGUGGAUCUCCCUUCUCCCGAACAACACUGUCUUGCUGCCCUUCCACUGUUUAGAAACCUUGCAUUCCGACAGGAUGUCGUACGACUUUUUGUUGACGUGAUAGUAUGUCGUACUUCGGACAAGAGAACCUCUGGAAUGAUAUGUCCCUCUUCCUCAGAUGGUGAGGAGGCAAGUGGACAUGGCUGUCGAAGAGAUGAGAGUAGAAGUCGUAGAUGGCUUUCUACAUUCCCUUCUCCAUCCAACGGCUGUUCCCUUUGGGUUCCGGAGAACAAUCGUCUUUAA